AACUUCCGGUUCCGGUUUUAACUUUAACGUUUGAGGAAAAACCACGCGCGUGCUAAGCGAGAGUGUGCGGGAAGACCCCCUGCUAAGGCAAGAAGUGGUGCCUCGCUGACGGUGAGCGAGAGAAGUAAAGAAAGUCGUUAUCUACAUAAAAUUAACGAAAAGCUUCUCCUGUAGUCGGCAAGCAUGUCGGGGGACGAGAUGAUAUUUGAUCCCAGUAUGACCAAGAAGAAGAAAAAAAAGAAGAAGCCUUUCUUGGUGGAUGAGGAAGGGGCUGAGACUCUUAAUGAGGAUGCCCCACAGCCUGAAGUCAAGGAGGCAGAGUUUGAUGGUGGGGAUGACCGGGAGGUUGAAUUAGAAGAAGACGAAGGGAAGAAGAAAGAGCUAUCUGAUGACCUGGAUGACUUGAACUUCUUCAAUCAGAAAAAGAAAAAAAAGAAACCGAAGAAGGUAUUCGACAAUGACCUAGAAGAAGAGUUAAAGGAGCUGAAAAUUGAUGGAGAACAGCCAGAAAUGCCAGAGAAGGAUGACCUGGACAUUGUGCUGCAAACAAAAAAGUCAAAGAAAGUUGAAUUUCAAGAGGAGGGUGAGAAACUGGAAAAGGAUGAAGCGAUGGAGGAUGAUGAACGGAAAGGCAGUGAUGGUAUUACAUUUGGCACUCCAGCUGGGCCCACCUGGGGAGGCACUGAGAGGGACUAUACAUAUGAUGAGCUCUUGAACCGAGUCUUCAACAUCAUGCGGGAGAAGAAUCCAGACAUGGUAGCUGGAGAAAAGAGGAAGUUUGUUAUGAAGCCACCGCAGGUGGUCAGAGUUGGCACCAAGAAGACAUCAUUUGUGAACUUCACUGAUAUUUGUAAACUGCUGCAUCGACAGCCCAAGCAUCUGCUUGCAUUCUUGCUGGCAGAGUUGGGGACAAGUGGCUCCAUCGAUGGAAAUAACCAACUUGUAAUCAAAGGAAGAUUCCAGCAAAAACAGAUAGAAAAUGUCCUUCGUAGAUACAUCAAAGAGUAUGUGACCUGCCACACCUGCCGCUCCCCAGAGACCAUUUUGCAGAAAGACACCAGGCUGUAUUUCCUGCAGUGUGAAACCUGUCACUCCCGCUGCUCCGUGGCCAGCAUCAAGACAGGCUUCCAGGCUGUCACGGGCAAGAGGGCACAGCUGCGUGCCAAGGCCAAUUAGCGCCUCCUUUGCUUUAUAGCCGGGAGAAGUUCUGGCUGCCCGAACUCUAAACUGAAGGGUGGCGUCUUUGGGGGUGUGGCCCGUCCUUCAAAAAAAAAAUCAUUCAACUUGGUUGGCUGUGUUUUCCACUGAUGCUGAGUGAUGUCACUCUCCUCAGCCGUUUCUUCUUCCUGUAUUUCUAUCUACUCCAUCCCAUGUUUUUUAUUUUUGUGAACCGCUGAUUAAAGCAGUAUCGCAUUUAUUUAAAAAGCUCACGUGACUUUGUUUUUCCUGUGCAUGACAACUUACGAAAUCAUUCAGCAAAUAGUGGCUAUUAUUGCAGAUAAUGAAAUUGUACUGUCAAUCUGAAGUGGGUGAAUGCACAGUUUCCAAGCAUGUGAGAAGUAUCAAUUCACACUAUACGCUCAGAUAAUUUACACUGCCUUUCAGUGGCUUGAUUUUGCAGUUUUCAAGAUCAACUAAUGUAUGUAGGGAUAACUGUAAACUGAUAUAAUACAAAUAAUUAUAAUGGAAUUAUAUUUAAUCUAUUUAAUAUCCAGAUCAAGUAUAGGAUCCAAAGGUUGAAUUGUUCCUGAGAAACCAACUGAUGUUGAUAAAAGUGGAAACUAUGCAGAGAAAGCCCAUUUGCUAUGCAGUCUCCUUUAAUCUUGGCAAACUGACUCAUUGUAAUGCUUAGUUGCUGUUUGUAAGAUGAAUUACGUUUGAUUAUAUUUCUUAUUAACAAGGAGUGUUGGGCUAUUUUGACAGCAAUUUUCCACAUCCAGUAUGUUGCCUUAUGUCUUCUAGUUGAACUGUUUGAGAUCCUUUCUCUGGGUCCUGUCACAAACUAAACGUCCAAGUACAAACAAUGGAUUGGCAAGAUGCCAAGAAUGUAAGAAGUAUUGAGAAUAAGCAAUUCUGGUCAUCUUUGGUUAAUUGUUGUAGAGUUAUUGAUUUAUUUAUUUUUUAGCCUCAAGUAAUUAAAUCAGUAAGGUAGGUUCCAUCUGUUGCCUUAAGGACAUACUGUGGAUUUUGUGUAUAUAAAUUGUAUUCCUAUCCUUCACUUCUAGUUUGGAACUGAAGAGAUUCAGUGUACCCUAUGAUAUAUUGGCCUUUUAAGACCCAAUAAACAUUAGUUAUAAUACAAUAAUAUUCUUACAGGAAUGUAGCACCCAAUGUUUUUGGAGCAUUGUAGGUAAGGGCUUAGUACAGAUUCCCUUUAAAUUCUGUGACUAAAUGUUUCUAAAAUAUUUUUCACUCAUUUGUGGAAAAAAAUGUUUCAAUGUUUUUUCCUAUCCAAUGUUAUGAUCAAUCUUUAAUGUGCAACUUUGCUGAAUACUUUUCAAAAGUCUAAAUAAACUCUCAAAGACUUUU